AUGGUGAAACCGCUGAGGGAUCGGGGUCGGGAUCGGGAUCGGGAUCGGGAUCGGGAUCCUGAUACCUCCGAGGGUCCCGGCCCCACGGUGAGCCCCCCGCUCUCCCCGCUGCCCGCUGCGGCCUCAGCCGACGGCUUCGCCUCCUCAGACGAUGAGGCCGCCGAGGAGGACCCGAGCCCGCUCCACAUCUCCUGGUUGUCUUUGUCUCCUCUCUACUCUUCAGAGUUCCUGGGAUUAUGUUCCCUUCCAGGUUGCAGGUUUAAGGAUGUCAGAAGAAAUCUUCAGAAAGAUGUAGGAGAACUAAAGAACUGUGGGAUCCAGGAUAUCUUUGUGCUUUGUACCAGAGGAGAGCUCACAAAAUACCGAGUACCAAACCUGAUUGACACCUACCAACAGUAUGGGAUGUGUGUGCACCACUACCCCAUUCCUGAUGGGAAUGCUCCUGACAUUGCCACCUGCUGCAAGAUCCUGGAAGAGCUCAGAACCUGCCUGGAAAAUAAGCAGAAAACAAUGAUACACUGUUAUGGUGGUCUCGGACGCUCGUGUCUCGUGGCUGCCUGUCUCCUGCUCCAGCUUUCGGACACCCUGGCACCUCAGCAGGUGAUAGAGAGCCUCAGAAACCUGAGAGGAUCGGGGGCCAUACAGACCAUCAAGCAGUACAAUUUCCUCCAUGACUUCCGGGAGAACCUGGCUGCACACCUGGCAACAAAGGACCCGGUGCUGAGAUCGGCAUCACGGUAGCUGAUCCUGCCAUGGGCAUCUUUGUGUCUGUGUGGAAAACUCCUGGACAAGACACCUCUCUCCUGACCUUUCC